GAUAUUACUUUGACGUCUUAAGGACCUUUGUGGCGUUUUAGGGUCUAUUUAUUUGUCUAUGUACAAUUUUAAGGAGACAAGACUGUGGUAUGGCCUGAUUUGACCUACAGCAGCAGUCACCCGCUGCUUGCUAUACAACACUCAACAGAGGUGAAGACACAGCUAGAGGUACUACGCAGAGCCUUUGAUUCCGGAAGUAAACGAGCGAGUUCGUCAUGGGCAGCAAAGUCAGCUCCAAAAUGGCAGCUCCCUCCGCUCGAGUUAUCCAGGCUAUUCGGCCUCAUGCUCCGCUGAUCAAGUUCCCUAACAGACAAGGGGUCCCAAAGCCCAAUGCCCAAGAGGCAUUAAAAAUAUUAGGAGUCAACUUUCCACAACACAAUGCUGCCAGUUCACCUUCAGCAGUAGCACCACCUUCAUUAUCAAGACCUCAUGUGCCUUUGACCCCGAUCCCUGGCACGCCAGACUCACUGUCCUCGAUUCAGCUACUCCCUGCAAGGUAUCGGAGGAGACCAAUGGCAGUAGAAGAAAUGGACUACAUCCAGCGUGGUGGACCAGAGUGACAUGAAGCGACUCAGUCACUGCAACCAAAGUCUGGAAUUCAGUACGUGUCUUGAAUUCUGUUUCUCAGUACAAGAGAACUAAAUGACAUGAUGUAGAAUAAAAUAUUACAUAAACCAUGUUAAAAUGUACAUAUGGUUCUUUGAUGUUAAAUUUAAUUUGUAUUUCUGUAUUACAUCCAUUUCAAGAGACAUUUGUAUUUUCUCACAGUACAUAAUGAGUGAUUAACAAUAACUUGUUGGUUUUCCUCAUGUACUAAAGUAAAAGUUACCAUUCAUAUUCCAGUUUUGUUAUUACCUUAUUUUCAACUUAAUUUCCAGCUCAAAGCAUUUUUUUUGUUUGAAAUUUUGUCUUACAACUUGUGAGAGCUUCACAUACCCUACAAUCAAACCCUAUUCCAACCACGAGGUGCAUAUAAAUAUAUUACUCCAUGGGUCUUUUGGUUUUCAUGUCUUUCACUGCAAUAAACUGACCAUGGGCAGAAGAGAGAGAUCUGCAGUAGUACUGAGUGAAAUGGUGUUGAGUUCAUGUGUGGACUUUAAAUGAUUAAACAAAUAUUGUAUUUUG